UGGAGACAGGGAGACAGAGGCGAUGGCAGCCGGUGGAGGAUGCGGGGAGACCGUGGACCAGUACCGAGCUGAGGUGGAGCGGCUCACCCAGGAACUUGCGGAGGCUAACCGGGAAAAAAUCCGGGCUGCAGAAUGCGGUCUUGUUGUUCUGGAGGAGAAUCAGACUCUAAAACAGCAGUAUGCCGAUCUGGAAUCGGAACUGGAAACGCUAAAGCAGGAGUUGGAGCAAUUACAAGAGGCGUUCGGCCAGGCCUACUCGGCCCAGCGGAAGGUGGCUGAGGACGGGGAGACCAAUGAGGAGAGCCUGCUGCAGGAGUCGGCCUCCAAGGAGGCGUACUACAUGGGCCGCCUGCUGGAGCUGCAGACGGAGGUGAAGAUCAGCCGCUCCGUGGCGUCCAACUGCCAGGCGGAGAACGAACGGCUGGCCACCCUCACGCAGGAGCUACGAGAGAGCACGGAGGCCCUGGAGCUGCAGAGGACCAGGAUGAGGGAGGAGGUCCGGGAGUACAAGUUCAGGGAGACGAGGCUGCUGCAGGACUACACCGAGCUGGAGGAGGAGAACAUCACCCUGCAGAAACUGGUCUCCACCCUCAAGCAGAACCAGGUGGAGUACGAGGGGCUGAAGCACGAGAUCAAGGUGCUUGAGGAGGAGACGGUUCUCCUGAACAGCCAACUGGAGGACGCACUACGUUUGAAAGACAUCUCCGAGAGCCAAUUAGAGGAGGCCCUGGACGCGCUGAAGAGCGAGCGCGAGCAGAAGAACAGCCUGAGGAAGGAGCUGGCCAAUCACAUCAGCCUGAGCGACAGCGUGUACGGCGCCGGAGCCCACCUGGCUCUGGACGGCCUCAAGUUCCCCGACGACACCCCGACCAAUGGGACGGCAGGACCCCUCGGCAACGGCAACAGCGAGGACAGCAACCGCUGUAACGGACACCUGCACGGAGGCACGGGAUUGGCUAAGAUGAACGGCGAGUUCCGCUCCUCCAGGAAGGGGGAGGGUCUGAAUCCAGUGUCUGAUCUCUUCAGCGAGCUCAACCUGUCAGAGAUGCAGAAGAUGAAGCAACAGCUGCUGCAGGUGGAGCGAGAGAAGUCCGUUCUGCUGCUGAGCCUCCAGGAGUCGCAGACCCAGCUGCAGCACACGCAGGGCGCGCUGUCCGAACAGCACGAGCGCAUGCACCGCCUCACCCAGCACGUCAACGGACUGAGGCGUUGCCACGGCGACGACAAGAACGCCGACGAGCAGGAAAGCGAGAAGCCCGACGGCAGCCCCUCCCCCCCCGGUCGCCACGACGACAACGAGGUGGCGGACAUGGACAUCCACGGGUUCGAGAUCCUGGAGUGUAAGUACAAGGUGGCGGUGACCGAGGUGAUUGAUUUGAAGGCGGAGCUCAAGGCCCUGAAGGAGAAGUACAACCAGUGCGUGGAGGGCCAGGGGGAGGAGCUAAGCGCUGUCCAGGCGCUGAACGAGCAGGUGAUUCGCCUGGAGCGAAGCUCCCGCGAAGGCCGGGACAAGCUGGCGUCCCUGGAAGCGGAGCUCCGGGCGGCGACGGGCAUGGCCGGGGAGACGCAGGCCAUGCUGAACACGGCGCAAGACGAGCUGGUGACCUUCAGCGAGGAGCUGGCUCAGCUCUACCACCACGUCUGCCUCUGCAACAACGAGACGCCCAACCGCGUCAUGCUGGACUACUACCGCCAGAGCCGUGUGACCCGUAACGGCAGCCUGAAGGGCCCAGAGGACCCGCGCGCCCUCCUCUCCCCCCGCCUGGCCCGCCGCCUGGCCGCCGCCGCAGCCUCCCUCGAACCCCCGCGCAGCCCCCUGGACUCCCCCUCCCGGGACCCCCAGGGUGGGGACGCCUCCGCAGGGGGGCGGGAGUCCCCGGCCCCCGGGGGACUCACCCAGGGCAGCCCCACCCGGACCCCCAUGGGCUCCCCGGUCAUCAGCAGCUCUCCCUCCCCCUCCCCGGUGCCCGAGGCUGGGGUGGACCUCCGCAAGGAGCCCAUGAACAUCUACAACCUGAACGCCAUCAUCCGGGACCAGAUCAAGCACCUCCAGCGGGCGGUGGACCGCUCCCUGCAGCUGUCCCGGCAGCGGGCCGCGGCCAGGGAGCUGGCCCCCAUGCUGGACAAGGACAAGGAGGCCUGCCUGGAGGAGAUCCUCAAGCUCAAGUCCCUGCUCAGCACCAAGAGGGAGCAGAUCGCCACCCUCAGGCUGGUCCUCAAGGCUAACAAGCAGACGGCGGAGGUGGCGCUAGCUAACCUGAAGAGCAAGUACGAGAACGAGAAGUCGAUGGUGACGGAGACCAUGAUGAAGCUGAGGAACGAGCUGAAGGCCCUGAAGGAGGACGCCGCCACCUUCUCCUCGCUACGUGCCAUGUUCGCCACACGGUGUGAUGAGUAUGUGACCCAGCUGGAUGAGAUGCAGAGGCAGCUGGCCGCCGCAGAGGACGAGAAGAAGACCCUGAACUCUCUCCUCCGCAUGGCCAUCCAGCAGAAGCUGGCCCUGACACAGCGCCUGGAGGACCUGGAGUUCGACCACGAGCUAACCUACCGUGGCCGCGGAGCCAAGGUGCCCAGGAUCAGGACCAACACGCCCAAAAUUGUCAGCAGCCUGUUGCCUCAGUAUCGACACUCUCCCCACAACUUAGGAGAGAGAGAGCCCUCCUAGGUGUCCUCAGUCCUAACAAAGGGGCAGCCCUCCAGGAAGACAUGAAGGCCCACUCCAGCAGCAGUCAGUCCCCCCGUGACCCUCCCAGCG